GUAAUUUUGAAAUGUAGAUAAAAUAUAUCUACACGCAGCAAUGAAGAUGAAUAUUUUAAAAGUCAUCUUGUCGAUCUAUUUUUCAGGGAUUAUUACAGUUACUGAUUCUUCAUCAUAUGGUCCAACUAUAGCUGACGUUGAUAUAUCAAAUGACACUUCCACUCAGUCAACCCAAGUUGCAACACAUGGAAUAACAGUGUCAUCUUAUGGCGCAUCUUCCGAUUCAUCCGAAGGUACCACACAAGGAAACUCAACCAAUAUACCUUACAUAACUGAUACGACAGAAAAUCCGAACCACUCGUCUAUUACAACAGCCGUUAGGACGUCAGGUGCUCCCAAAACAUCAAAUCCGUCGGCUGUUCCAGAAACGUCGAAUCCGUCAACUGUUCCAGAUAAAACAACAAUUACUGUACCAUCUACAUCGAGUAAUCCAACAACGACACAUGGUCAUUCGUCGGGCGAUGGUUCUGGAUUUAAUGGGUUAUCCUUUGGAAUCGGUAUUCUGGCUGGUGUUAUAGCAACAUUUUUGUCGAUACUUCUUGUUUUUCUUUAUCGUCGUCGGCAUCCAUAUGAAACUUUAUCAAAUUUAGACUCAACAGCUUCAAUAAACUUUCUGAAAGAUUGAAAUUGUAAAA